AUGAGGUGGGUGUUAAACACUGUCCCGGACUAAGCUCUCUCACUCCGUCUCAGUCAGUGAGGAAGUUGACUGCUGUCAGUUCGAGCAGCGCGGGAAGUAGAGAUGAGCAACGCAGCGGCAAACGGCAAGAAGCCUAAAAUGAGUGGAGAGGCCGCGAAACUGCACGUGGACGGCAUCCCUCCGGACAGGCUCAGUAAGGUGGAGAAGUACCUGGAGCUUUUCCAUCUGUCCCAGGAGAAGCUGAAGGAGGUUUCUGCUCGGCUGAAGAGGGACCUGAUCCGAGGUUUAGGGAAACACUCGCAUCACAGGGCGGCCGUCAAGAUGCUGCCCACCUUUGUCCGGGCCACGCCAGACGGGACGGAGAAUGGCGACUACCUGGCGUUGGAUCUGGGUGGAACAAACUUCCGUGUGCUUCAUGUCCGUGUGGUGGAGGAGCAGCAGAGGGUGCUGAAGAUGGACAGCCAGAUCUGUGCCAUCCCUCAGGAGAUCAUGCUGGGAACUGGAGAACAGCUGUUCGACCACAUCGCGGCCUGUCUCAGCGAAUUCCUCGACUCUCAGGACCUGAAGGGAAAAACUCUCCCCCUGGGCUUCACCUUCUCCUUCCCCUGUGAACAGAAAGAAAUCGACAAGAGCAUCCUGAUCCGCUGGACCAAAGGCUUCAACUGCUCCGGAGUGGAGGGGAGAGACGUCGUGCAGCUGCUGAAAGAAGCCAUUCACAGGAGAGGGGACUACGAUAUAGGCUCGGUUGCCAUGGUGAACGACACGGUGGGCACGAUGAUGAGCUGUGGAUACAGGGACCAGAGCUGUGAGAUCGGCAUGAUCAUCGGCACGGGAACCAACGCCUGCUACAUGGAGGAGAUGAAGAACGUGAAGCGGGUGGAGGGCGAGGCCGGGCGCAUGUGCAUCAACACAGAGUGGGGCGGCUUCGGAGACGACGGCUCCCUGAGGGACAUCCAGACGGAGUUUGACGUGGUGGUGGACCAGACGUCCAUCAACCCCGGCGUCCACACCUUCGAGAAGAUGAUCAGCGGCAUGUAUUUGGGAGAAAUCGUUCGACUGCUGCUGGUGAGGCUGACGGAGGACAAGCUGCUGUUUAACGGACAGACGUCGGAGGCGCUGCUGACCCCGGGCAGUUUCGAGACCAAGUUCAUCUCUGAGAUCGAGGAGGAGGACACCGGUCUGGAAAAUGGCCAGAACAUUCUGACCAAGUUGGGUGUGAAGUGCGAUCCGGUCGACGUACGCGUGGUGCGUCUGGUCUGCGACACCAUUUCCUCGCGCUCCGCCCGUCUCUGCGCCGCCGCCCUGGGAACCAUCGCCAACCGAAUCCGUGUCAACCGUGGGCUGGAUCACCUGAAGACCACCGUGGGAGUGGACGGGACCGUCUACAGAAAACACCCCAAUUUCAGCGAGGAGCUCCAGGAUACGGUGCGCCUCCUCGUCCCCAAGUGUAGCAUCACCUUCCUCGUCUCGGAGGACGGCAGUGGGAAGGGCGCUGCCAUGGUAACGGCUGUGGCUCAGCGGCUGGCUCUCCAGUCCAGGCUGUUAGAGGACAGUGACGGUGAGGAUGAGGAGGUGGAGGAGGACGAGGAGGAGGAAGAUAAAUAAGAGUAGAGAGGAUUCAGAUGAUCCACAACACUCAGAGGCAGAGCACAUGGAAGUUUAGCCUUCAAACAUGGAGUUUGAAACAUUAUUUUGUUUUUAAAGCCUGAAAUAUUUUCUUACUGUUAUGAUUUUUAAUAUAAUGAACAAUGAGAGAAGUUCUCUGUUACAUUCAAAAUUGUACUUUACUACUUUAUUCAGGAGAUAAAAUCACUUUGCAAGUUAAGUUUGUAUAUGAAAUAAAACGUGAUCACUUUCAAAAUGCAGCUUAGAACAAAUCAAUAUUGUGGUGAAAGAUAUUCUGUGAUAAGUGAAUGUACUGUAUUGAAAUUUACUUUAAUAAAAGUAGAAAAUUAUUAUCAAAAAAUAUAAUUCAAGUACCAUCAAGUGGAAAUAUUAAAUCCAGAAUGACCCUUUUAAAAUAUUAUAUAUUAUAUCAUUGGAUUAUAUUACUGUGUGAAUUGCUUUAAUUUGGCAGCUUUAUAUAGAGUUUGGUGGAUCGAAAUUUCAAAGUUCUAUCUCAACUUAAAAUUUUGAUGUAGCCUACUUAUUAUUAACUUGAGUUUUUUCUGAUGUUUGGUACUUAAUGCUUCUGCUCCACUAAAUUUCUGAGGCAAAUAUCGUACUUUAUACUUCACAAUAUCUGUCAGACAUACUCUGUAUAGUUACUAGUUACUAGUUUUUACAGAUUAAACUACCCAGAAAUAUAUGAAAUAAAUCAAACUACCUUCUCCUCCAGCAGCUACAACAUGAAAAUGCCAUGUAAACAUUACAAUGAAAGACUGAUACCCCUCUCACUCUGCUGUGUAAUGAAUAUUUUUACAUUUUGUUUACAACAUGUAUGUUCUCUUACUUAUGUCACUUUUUGAAUUCAGUACAGUAUUUUUUCAGUACAGUAUUUCAAGUUUUACUUCAAUAAAAUCUGAAUAUCUCUUCCACCACAUAAAACAUUGAUGAGUAUAUUGAGUGUUAUUAAUCUGCAAAGUAGCUAAAAUUACCAAAUACAUGUGGUGGACUGUACUGUAACCCCAUCUUUUAGAGGUUCAUAUGCUACUAAAACACUUAUGUUGUGGGGACAAUGUUAUCGCCGGCUGGAUUAUGUUUUUUUGCUCUUGCUACAUAGCUAACGUUAGCAUUAACAGCUGUUUAC